GGGCGGUGUCAAAACGAGGGGCGGUCUCUAUUGGCGGGGCGGUUGGGAGGCGAAGGGAGAGUCUUUUCAGCGCUGAGGACUGGCGCUGAGGAGGCGGCGGUGGCUCCCGGGGCGUUUGAGCGGGCUCACCCGAGCCCGCGGGCCAACGCGGAUCCAGGCCCGACCGGCGGGACCGCCCCGGACUCCCCGCGGGCCUUCCUAGCCGCCAUGGAGGACGGUGUCUAUGAGCCCCCAGACCUGACUCCGGAGGAGCGGAUGGAGCUGGAGAACAUCCGGCGGCGGAAGCAGGAGCUGCUGGUGGAGAUCCAGCGCCUUCGGGAGGAGCUCAGUGAAGCCAUGAGCGAGGUGGAGGGUCUGGAGGCCAAUGAGGGCAGUAAGACUUUGCAACGGAACCGGAAGAUGGCGAUGGGCAGGAAGAAGUUCAACAUGGAUCCCAAGAAGGGGAUCCAGUUUUUGGUGGAGAACGAACUUCUGCAGAAUACACCCGAGGAGAUCGCCCGCUUCCUGUACAAGGGCGAGGGCCUGAACAAGACAGCCAUCGGGGACUACCUGGGGGAGAGGGAAGACCUGAACCUGGCAGUGCUCCAUGCCUUCGUGGAUCUGCACGAGUUUACUGACCUCAACCUGGUGCAGGCCCUCAGGCAGUUUCUCUGGAGCUUUCGCCUCCCCGGGGAGGCCCAGAAGAUUGACCGGAUGAUGGAAGCGUUUGCCCAGCGAUACUGCCUGUGCAACCCUGGGGUCUUCCAGUCCACAGACACGUGCUACGUGCUGUCCUUCGCCGUGAUCAUGCUGAACACCAGCCUCCACAACCCCAACGUCCGGGACAAGCCAGGCCUGGAGCGCUUUGUGGCCAUGAACCGGGGCAUCAACGAGGGUGGGGACCUGCCUGAGGAGCUGCUCAGGAACCUCUACGACAGCAUCCGAAAUGAGCCCUUCAAGAUUCCUGAGGAUGAUGGGAAUGACCUGACCCACACCUUCUUCAACCCAGAUCGGGAGGGCUGGCUCCUUAAGCUGGGGGGCCGGGUGAAGACGUGGAAGCGGCGCUGGUUUAUCCUCACAGACAACUGCCUCUACUAUUUUGAGUACACUACGGACAAGGAACCCCGAGGUAUCAUCCCCCUGGAGAAUCUGAGCAUCCGCGAAGUGGAUGACCCCCGGAAACCGAACUGCUUCGAGCUCUACAUCCCCAACAACAAGGGGCAGCUCAUCAAAGCCUGCAAAACGGAGGCCGACGGCCGAGUGGUUGAGGGCAACCACGUGGUGUACCGGAUCUCGGCCCCGACGCCGGAGGAGAAGGAGGAGUGGAUCAAGUCCAUCCAGGCCGCUGUGAGCGUGGACCCCUUCUACGAGAUGCUGGCGGCAAGGAAGAAGCGGAUUUCUGUCAAGAAGAAGCCAGAGCAGCCCUGACCCUCCCCCCCCCCGCCCCCUCCCCCGCUAUUUAUUACGGAGCUGCCCCCGCCCGGGCGGCCGGACCCCUGGGCCCCGGGGCGCGGAUCCUGGUUCUCCAAUCCCGGUUCUCCGUUUGGAAAAUGCAGCACCUGUAGCUCCACUCUCGUUAUUUGUAAUUAACACACCGUUGGUAAUCUUAUUAAUUAUUUAACCA